CCCCAGGGACCAGCGGCCCCCCACGCCCGAGACUGACUACCCUGAGCUGCUGACCAGUUACCCCGAGGAGGACUAUUCCCCCGUGGGAUCUUUGGGUGAACCGAGUCCCACCUCUCCCUUCACUACACCCCCCGGCUGGUCUUGUCACGUAGGCCCUGACAAGCAGACGUUCUACACCAACCACUUCACCCAAGAGCAGUGGAUGAGGCUGGAGGACUCACAGGGGAAGCCCUACUUCUACAACCCAGAUGAUGCCUCUGUCCGGUGGGAGCUGCCCCAGGUCCCUGUCCCUGCCCCUCGAAGCAUCCGCAAAUCCAGCCAGGACAGUGACACUCCAGCCCAGACUAGCCCCUCAGAGGAAAAGAUCAAGACCCUGGAAAAGGCAGGGGUACUGCAUCGCACCAAGACGGUGGACAGGGGAAAGCGGCUCAGGAAGAAGCACUGGAGUGCCUCCUGGACCGUACUGGAGGGUGGCAUCCUGACGUUCUUCAAAGACUCCAAGACCUCAGCUGCAGGCGGCCUGAGGCAGCCUUCCAAGCUCUCUACCCCCGAAUACACAGUGGAGCUGAGGGGAGCCUCUCUCACCUGGGCCCCCAAAGACAAAUCUAGCAAGAAGAAUGUGCUGGAGCUGCGGAGCCGGGAUGGCUCGGAGUACCUGAUCCAGCACGACUCGGAGGCCAUCAUCAGCACUUGGCACAAGGCCAUUGCCCAGGGCAUUGAGGAGCUGUCCGCAGACCUGCCCCCGGACGAGGAAAGUGAGACCGGCAGCACGGACUUCGGGUCGCGCGAGCGCCUGGGAAGCUGGUGGGAGAAGGAUGAUGACACGCGGUCGAGUGCAGCCGCGCCCACCCCGGGCCCUGGGGGCCUGGAGAGCGACUUGAGCAAGGUCCGGUACAAGCUCCGCAAGUUCCUGCAGAGGCGGCCCACGAUGCAGUCGCUGCGGGAGAAGGGCUACAUCAAAGACCAGGUGUUCGGCUGCGCGCUGGCCGCGCUGUGCGAGCGCGAGAGGAGCCCGGUGCCGCGCUUCGUGCAGCAGUGCAUCCGCACGGUCGAGGCCCGGGGGCUAGACACCGACGGGCUGUACCGCAUCAGUGGAAACCUGGCCACCGUCCAGAAGCUGCGCUACAAGGUGGACCACGAUGAGCGUCUGGACCUGGACGACGGGCGCUGGGAGGACGUCCACGUUAUCACCGGAGCCCUGAAGCUUUUCUUUCGAGAGCUCCCUGAGCCCCUCUUCCCCUUCUCGCACUUCCGACAAUUCAUUGCGGCCAUCAAGUUGACGGAUCAGGCCCAGCGCAGCCGCUGCGUGCGUGACUUGGUGCGCUCGCUGCCCGCUCCCAACCACGACACGCUGCGGCUGCUUUCCCAGCAUCUGUGCCGGGUAAUCGAGCACGGCGAGCAGAACCGGAUGUCGGUGCAGAGCGUGGCCAUAGUGUUCGGGCCCACGUUGUUGCGGCCCGAGACGGAGGAGACCAGCAUGCCCAUGACCAUGGUGUUCCAGAACCAAGUGGUGGAGCUCAUCCUGCAGCAGUGCUCAGACAUCUUCCCGCCACACUGACCGUGGACCUGAGACGUGGCCGCUCACCGUGGUCCCUGAACACUAGCAGGGCGGCUGGCGGCCAUGCGGCUGGGCUUUCUCUCUCAGACCCUGGGCCUCUGCAGGCCGGUGUAACUUCUGUACCCUUCGGUUCCGAGGGUAUGGUGACCUCUGGUGGGCAGUUUGCAAAAUGUGAUUUUUCCCUGGCACGUCCUGUUUGGGGAGUUCAUUAGAUUCUGUGCUUUGUUGCAGCGCCGCCUGCUGGGCGUGUGCGAGAAUGUGUGCGUUUGGGGUGAGGGUUUGUGUUCUGGGACCGCCGGUACUCAGGAGGAAUUUGGUGCGGAGCUUCCUGAUUUCUUCAGGCCUUCACCUGCCGGAGACCUUCCCGGAGGCGCCAUGGGUCCCGGCCCUAUGCCGGUUAGGAAGCAGCUUCAGGCAGUUUCCAUACCGCCAGAUCAGGAAUGAUGCCGCCCAGCAGGGCAGCCACACCCGCUUUCCUCAGGCCCUCUCACAGGCUCGCUGUGGUCGGUUUCAUUUGUUUUCCUGUUUGGAGUUCCACCUCUACCCUCCCUGGUCCACCUGUGUUCUGUGCAAGGGUUCUUCACAGUCACUAAAGAGUACCCUGCACCUGCCACUUGGCAGGCAUCAUCGCAAACGGUCCCAUUUUACAGGUGAGAAGACCGAGCUUGCAGAGGCAAAGUGCCUUGCUCAGGGUCCAGUGGUUAAUCUGCCUCCCCAGCAAAGGCUCCUCCCCCUGGAGCUGCCCCCUUCCCCGUCUCCAGCGUAAACCUAUGGGCUAGGCACAGGACUUGAGCUGGGGGUGCUCCUGAAGGCACAGAGGGAAUGCACCCCAGCUGUUUCCUGGGGGAGAGGAAACAGCACUGCAGGACCCUCAGCCUCCCUCUGCACCCUGAAUGUCAAUAUGCCUGCCUGGUGCCCACCUUGCCUUAAGAGCUGGAAAAGGCCUGCAGGAUGGGGGUGGGAGGCUAUACAUGCAAGAAAAGAAGCAAGCAUGAGCCCUGGUCAGCAGCCCCUCCCUAGCCCUCGUUAUACACGAACCACCUCAACUGAUGGAUCUCAGCCCCACCCACCCAUUCGAACAAUAAUAGCUGAGAUAUACUGGACAUUUGCAUCAUGUGCAGCAUUUUUCUUGGGUUAUCCCAUUUAUUUCCUGCAGCCAAUAUUUAUUGUCCCCUCUGGCCCAGGCUCUGGGCUGGUGCAGGGGUGCCGCACGUGCUGACCGCCUGGUGGAGCUGAUGGUCUAGCGGGCAAGACUGACCAAGCCCAGCCCAACAACAGCAAGGCCUCAAAUCAUACAUCAAAAUAUUUAAAAGUCAUAAAGCAAGCUAACAACUAUUAAAUAAAAUAUGUUCUAUUCUCCUA